AUGUCUAUGGUACGAAGACAAGCCCGGCAAAGAAGGGACUACCUUCACCGGCGAGCAUUGGCUCUUCAAGAGAGCGCUACGGCUGAGCGACGAGCCAAGCUGAGAGAGUCUCUGGCCUCUGGCAAGCCAUUGGCCGCCGAAAUUGCCGACGACAAGCAACUGCGCAAGGACUACGCUUAUGAUGAGACGGCCGAGAACGAUCUCGCGCUGCUGGACGACGAGUACCAGGCUCUUUCCGGGAUCCAGGAUCCCCGAAUCCUUGUAACCACCUCCCGCUCGCCUUCGAGCAAACUCAACACUUUCUCCAAGGAGAUCCGACUCCUGCUCCCGACAGGCACAUACAUCAAUCGUGGUACGAUGACGAUGGCGGAGCUGGUACGUGCUGCCAAGGCUGCCGGCCUCACCGACAUCAUUCACUUGGGAGAAACAAGAGGCACACCUACCUCCAUGACGAUCAGUCAUUUGCCCCAUGGCCCAACUAUUUCAUUCAGUCUACACAACGUCAUGGCACGUCACGACCUUCCCGGGUAUCUGAAAGGCACCAUCCCAGAGUCAUAUCCGAACCUGAUAUUUGAAGGCUUCACCACAAAGCUCGGAAAGCGUGUGCAGCGCAUUCUGACACACCUGUUUCCCCCUAGGGACGGGGCGAUGAAGACUAGUAAUCGAGUAGUUACGUUCAAGCGGCUGGAGGACGACAGCAUCGAAGUGAGACACCAUAUUCACGUGCGAGUUGGCUUCGAUCAGCUCCAGCUUUCAGAAGUUGGACCACGGAUGACGAUGCGUGUGUAUGAGAUCAGGAACGCAACAAUCGAGGCUAAAGAGGGGGAUAUUGAGUGGCAGUACGCGCACUACACGAGGACUUCGAGAAAGAAGACUCAUCUUGGGUAA